AUGGCCAUGCUCGUCGACUUGAGAACCACCAUCCAAAACAACAAGCUACCACACGGCAGGUUCACACGCCUCGCGACCAAGUACGGCUGCCAUCGCUCUACCAUCACGGCACUGUGGAAUGCUCAAUCGGUCAACAACAACGACGACAACAAUGGAUCCAUCCACGCUCUCCACAACAAGCGACAAGGUCGUUGUGGCCGUCCACGGAUAAGAAACGAGGACGUUUUGGACGCCGUGGCCGGUGUGGACGUCCAAUUUCGACAAACGAUACGCAGCACCGCGCACCACGCAUCCAUGUCUAAAUCCACGCUCCAUCGUCGCGUUCAAGAAGGGCUGCUGGACAGACGAUCCACGAAUCUCAAGCCAGCCCUCACUCAGGCGCACAUGAGCUCUCGGCUGGAGUUUUGCCUGUCAAACGUAACUCAACGCGAUCCAACUCAAUCUGCGUUUGAGUUCCUCGACUUCGACGAUACUAUACACGUUGACGAGAAAUUGUUCCGUAUGGACAAGGACGCACGGGAUUUUACCUAUCGUCGAGCGAAGAUGCUCCCGAGCGACGAACACAGAACAAGCGAUUCAUCGGCCAAGUAA